ACACUUGUAUAAUACUGUUUCGAUAUACUUGUCCGUUUUUGACUGCCGUACCGGCCGUGACAUUUGAUAGCUGCUCCAGCUUCGAUCAGCAUUGCGCAGUGUCGUCCUACCCCUCGGCCUAUAUUGCGUAGCGUCGCUGAACGCAUUGCGCGAUCGACAUCGAAGCCGUGGCACCGUCAAGGUCCAGCCCGGACAAUCAGCCCAAAGCAGGCCCCUAGCAGACUUUACCGAAAAGGAAAAACUUAUCUACAGUGUAACCUGUCAGCUCCGCGAGUUUGAUGGCACCUAACACUUAUUCACUCACGACCCAAUGCCAACUAUUAGUUCACGAGAACUAAAGGACCUCAGCAUCGACCCCCAACGCGAUCUAUACAAACUACGAACAUCGCAACCUAGCAGCUCCGGACGCCGGUAUACCCGAGCGUCUUCAGCUUCUUUGACUGCACCAUCGAAUCGUGUGGAGAAACGGAGCGCGCGAAAGGGCAAACGCAGUCCAGCCCGAAAGCCAAGUCCAGGAGAAGCAUUUUCCUAGUCUAGUACAAACAACCACUCUCAUUGAUUGUAUCGUAUUAGUGGUCCGAACAUAGCCAACCGUGGUUUAGGAAGCAAACCUCCCUUGUUUUUGCAGGACGCCGACCUAUGGAUCCUUUCAUC